GUUUCUUUGUGGUGUGCGUGCUAGCGAGUGAUAAGAGAGCUAAGGAGAAGGCGAUAGUCUGACUAGGCGACGUCAAAACGAAAGCAAAGGGAAAGGAAAUCGAGUGAAGAAGGAAGGAAGGCAAAGUGAACGCGGAGACCAGGAGAGCCUGAUACGGAGGCAGUACAUCACUCCCGGCACGGAGAGCACGCGUACGCGUGCGAGCCCGGCGAAUGUGACUCGUAGGUUAUCGCGGACCGGAGUUUAAGAGGCACGCUCGCGAUUGCUCCGGCACAAUUCGGCAGCGCCUUCUUUUCUCUCUCUUCUCCUUCUCGCACACGGUGUCGAGAUAAGCACGUCAGGACAAUCGGUCCCGCGCGUAUCUCGUGUAACAACCUCGCCGUGCCGGCAACGCCAGCAGGACUGACGACGCCGUAGGGAACGGCAGUUGUGAAAGGCCUCGCCAGAACCAGCAGCGUGAAACAGGCCGGGACUCCAAUGAAGCCUCCUUUCGGAAGCCAGCUCACCACCACCGUUAUUGCCCCGACCGAAGGCGCCGAUGGCGGUUACGCGGAACCAUAUGGACGCCGCCACGGCUGCCGGUGCAAUCGUCCGACCGCAGCAACGGGAGCAAAAUAAACAAACGACCACCGCGGAGCCGGCCGCAGCGGCGUGGCACCGUAAAAGAGGAAACUCCGGACCGCCGCCGAGCCGCUUCCGAACCGCUGCCGCCCGGAGCUGCAACCGCCGUAGCCAUGGCGGCUACCGCCACCGUCCGAGGCUUUGGCGUAGGACGCAUCGCGACGACGGCGGCAGCAACCGUCGCAGUGGUUCGCAUUCUCCUUGCUGGCUUUGUCCUCGCGUCUGCCGAAGCGUACCUGCUCGCCAUGGAGCCGCCGCCACAGGCGAUCACGCCGGAUCUGCUUCUCGCCGAGCGGGUCGCAGCGGGACUGAACGCAACCCAGUGCACUGACAGCUGCGAUCCGGACCUUGAGCCGAAGAUGUGCGCGUGUCGGUCCCCCCAAGAGUGCUCGCAGACGGGCGACUGCUGCGCCGACCGCUUUCUCGGCGAGGUGGCCAGGCCCAGGAUCGCCUGCGUUCCCGCGGUUUCUUACCGGGAACUGAUGGCCGUCGUCCGUUGUCCCGAAGCGUGGUCGCCCGCCGACGAGAGGGACGACGAGACAAAGGCUCGAUGCGAGAGGGCGAACCCGCGCCGCUUCGACCUGACGUACCUGGACGACCUGCCCGUGCUGAGCCGCCAGUCCGGGACCCUGUACAGAAACGUGUACUGCGCCUCGUGCAACGGGGACACCAGAGACCUACGUAGCUGGACGCUGGUGGUCGAGUGCACUCCCAAAGAAGCGUCUGAGGCCCUUGACAACGGUAAUGCCACUGUAACAGGGUACCAAUACCAAUCGCGCAAGAUUACCGUCCGAUGGGGCAGCGUCGAUCACAAAAGCGCCACCUGCCAAAUGGCGAUCAAGGAAUUGGUCAACAAAACGGACGAACACAUCAUCCGCGAGCUCAAGGUCUCGCCGUGCACGCAGACUCCUCUGGUGAAGUCGUGCCCGGACAGCUACAACAACGCGGAAGUGAGACGAAAGUGCCACAGCUACACGAGCACGCUGGAGGACAGCGCCAACAUGCGCGUCUACAAAAACCUGCACUGCGCCAUCUGCAAUAAGCGCAAGUUAAGUAAACUGAGCUGCAGCCUUAAAGCACAGCUUGGGCCUCCGACCAGACCUCCGGGAUAUUCGGGCGCUUCCUACGCCGUGGUCUUAGACUUCAGCAACUGGCAGACGUCCGUCAUGUCGGCCGCACCGACCAAGAACGUCUGCGGUCGCGACGAGAUUCACGAACCGGUGGGGAACCGGUGCGUGCCGUCCGCCUGCCCGACCGACGUGUGCGUCCGCCGCGACGACUGCCAGUGGACUCGCCUCCGCCGCGACAAAGUCAGGGUGCGCGACGACUCGACCCUGCUUCCGAGUCCAGACUCCGAGGUGGAGCUCAGGCCGGACCGUUGGCACAUGGACGGACCAGACGCCGUGAUGGCCUGCAUGUCUCCUCCGCAGGCGGACUUCAGCGCGGCCCUGAGGCCGGAGGGCUUCGAGAACGUGCUCUCCACCGCGCUGCUUCUCAUUUCCGUGCUGUGUCUGGUGCUUCACGUGGUGGCGUACGCACUCGUCCCCAAGCUUCGAACCGGUCCCUCGCGGCUGGUGCUGUGCCUCGCGAUGUCGGUGCUCGUGGCGCAGGGCAGCUUCGUGGUUGGUGGAAUGUUCCUGGCGUCCGGCUCGACGCUGUGCAGCGCGUUCGCCGUGGUGUCCCACGCCGCUCACCUGGCGGCGUUUUUCUGGAUGAACGUGAUGGCGAUGGACGUGCAGCGGACGUUCCGCAGGGGAGCGGGCGGCAGUUCGCGCGCCGCCAGCGCAUUCCUGUCGUACUCGGCGUACGCGUGGCUCGCCCCGGCGCUCCUCGUGGCCGCGGCGUCGACGCUCCAGUAUCUCGAGCCGGAGUCCGCGUGGAGCCCUUCGUACGGCACGCCGUACUGCUGGAUCAAUCGACCACUCAGCCUGAUUGCGUUCUUCGGUGCGCCCGUGCUCCUGUUGCUUCUGGCCAACACUGCCUUCUUCCUCCUCACGGCGCGUAGUAUUCACCUCACCACUAAACAGACGAAGGUAGCCCGACGUUCCGUGUCCAGCGGAGGGGUCAGCGGCGCCAGCGGGGAGCGGGGCCGUCUGGCGCUUUACGUCAAGUUGGCCAUGGUGUUCGGGCUCACGUGGGUGUUUGGCUUCGCGGCUGCCUUGACCGGAGUGCAAGCCCUGUGGUACCCGUUCAUCGUGCUGUGCAGCCUCCAGGGAGCGUUCAUCUUCCUCGCCUUCACCUUCAAGAGGAGCGUUCUGCGAAUGGUACGGGACAGGCUGUGCUCGAAGGAGGCCGAUCGGCGGCGACGUCGGCGGAGCACUUCGACCACGCUGACCGCGCUGCACUCGACGCUGUCCGCUUCGUCAUCGGCGCUCGCAUCGGUGGCCACGGGCCGUGCGAUGCCCGCGCAGACCGCCAGCCCCAAGGGGGUCCAGAAGCCGCUGCUGCGCCGCACGUAGGCCGCCGGUUCGACUCGUUGAGCCGCGCAUUCGCACGUGCGAAACAACCGCGCACGUGCCUGAACUCGCGCGGCUGACGUCACGCUCUGUUCGGGGGAACAGGCACACUCGGGCGAAGAAGACGCCAGCCGAGGGCGGCGGGCUGAACAAGACGAGCCUGUCGGAACACCAGCACCGGCACGCCACAGCGCAUCCACGAUCGACGCGACGGCGCUAAUGCAGAAGCGUCUGCCAAAGCGAGUGUUAUUUGAAAAGAAUGGAACCAAAAUUUGACAGAACAUAGAAAACCCGCUACAUGGAA